AUGGACAAACAAAUUGAGGAUUCACCCAACCACGGUGUGGUACGGUCGUUAACAGACUAUGAGGGUGUCACUACCUUCCUGACAAGGCAAGAUAUCAUUGUAGCGCAGAAGGAGGAUCCCGUCUUGGAAAUUGUACGAGAAUGGAUUGCCAAACGAGCGAGAUCGGAAUGGCAAGAUAUUCCCAAGCACGGCCAGCAGAAAAAGGGUGGUGCAAAAGCCAAAAAUGUCCAACAACAGAGAAAAUCUCUGUAUUCAGAGGCGGGUGUCUUCAAUAAAAAUAGUCACCAAAAUAAACCUGAUAAUAAUAGAACCUCCUGGUAUGCUGAAAUCGGCCUUUACCCGAAACCACCGACUGAUGCCCCAUCUGCGGAAAACAUUGAAACAAAAGCCAGUUUUCAUGUACCAAGAAAUAGUUCAGAAGUAAACGAAUGUUCAAAUAUUAAUCCACAACCAGUAUUUUCUAGUUUGCUGGACGAACUGAAUUCUAAAGUAAUCAACAGUAACGUAGGAACUGAAACUGAAACACCGUAUUACAAUCAGAGCUUAGAUAGCUUCAAUAGUACCGACUCGGGAGCUGUGCAUGAUCUGGCAUUUUUGGAAGAUGAACCUUUGUAUCAGUUUUACGACCCCACAUCCAUAUCCGAUUAUGAUAAUUCCGAUUUCGAAAAUGAAAUUUAUGAAGAUGUUGAUGAAAGAAAUGAAAUAUAUAUUUCAUCAACACCAACGCCUGUGCUGAUGUCAGUGAGUCGAAGCGAUUUCAAUUUUACAAGGAGUCUGUGGUGUGAAACACCUGAAGUUACGAAGUCAGCGGUUUUGAGCAAACUCAGCCCUCAGCAGAAGAAACUCCAAGAAGCCAAAUUUGAGGUUAUCACUUCAGAAGCUUCUUAUCUGAAUUCGUUAAACGUACUUUGCAAUCAUUUCGUUUCCAGGUUCGCAAAUUCGAACAUUGUUAAUGAAAGAGAUAUGAAUGAACUCUUUGGGAAAGUAAAAGAAGGCAAGUAA